GCAUAUCUAAUGCUCCUGGAUUAUCAGAUGAAGCUUUGCCAAAAAUGUUUUGAAUAAAUUAGGCUUCCUAAGCAAGAGCAAUAUGUUAUCUAAAAGAUAGAUAUUACAGCAACCCUUAUUCAGACCUUAAAGUCUGCCUUCAAAGAAUACUGCAAUGCAUAAUAUGGCAGAAUUUUGUCUGCAAGUAACUGAAGGCAAGUACUUUGACUGUUACUGCUUCUGAUGAUUGCUUUUUGAAAACAAGUUUUAAGAGUCAGAUAGUUAAAUAUCCAGGUUGUUUUGUAUGCUCCUAUCUGGCCACUUGGAUCUUUUAGGAAAGUUCUACUCUGGGUCUUGCAGCUCACUGAAGUACAGAUUGUUUGCCAUGAGAAACCAGACCUGGGCAUUCAAACUCUGAAAUUCCUACCUUUUGAGAUUUGUAUGGCCAUGUUCCUGAUACUCCAGCGUUUGAUAUAAACUAUACUAUUUUGUAUGCUUUUAGAUUACAACAAAAGAAGCAGUUCCCUCAUAGAGUGGCAAUAAAUGUGGGAGCUUAGAAUUGGAACAAAUGUUUUUACAGUCCAUUAUGGAAUAGAAUCAUAGCUCUGUGAUAAGGAGUAUUUGAACAAAGAUCACACCUGAAUCUCUGUGAUUUUGAAUUACAAGAAACUUUUAACAACAGAAAUAGGGAAGGGUCUUCUCUGAAACCUGCCAGGGUAGCUAUUAGUAAGACUUGAGAGACAAAAUAAUCUAGCUCAGUUUAAAUGUUAAAUUAUGGCUUGUGUUCUAAAGCUGCAAAUAUGACAGUGCUUUAUAUAUUUUUCUCAGUGUCUCAGGCUUUACGUGAGAACACCUACCCUUUCUUGGCAAUGAUCAUGCUGAAAGAUCGUAGAAUGACUGUGGUUGGAAGGUUAGAAGGACUUAUCCAACCUGAUGACCUCAUUAACCAGUUGACAUUUAUUAUGGAUUCCAAUCAGACGUACUUGGUGUCUGAGCGCCUGGAAAGAGAAGAACGAAACCAAACUCAGGUCCUAAGGCAGCAACAGGAUGAGGCAUACCUAGCUUCCUUAAGGGCAGAUCAGGAGAAAGAACGCAAGAAAAAGGAAGAGCGAGAGAAGAAGAGGAGAAAGGAGGAGGAGGUGCAGCAGCAGAAGCUGGCAGAGGAGAGAAGGCGGCAGACUUUGCAAGAGGAGAAGGAACGGAAAUCUGAAUGCCUUCCUCCAGAGCCACAUCCUGAUGAUCCUGAAAGCGUUAAGAUCAUCUUCAAGAUGCCCAAUGACUCCAGGGUGGAGAGGCGGUUUCACUUUACACAGUCUCUAACUGUGAUCCAUGAUUUCCUAUUCUCUUUGAAAGAGAGCCCGGAAAAGUUCCAGAUUGAGGCCAAUUUCCCCCGCCGUGUCCUGCCCUGCCUUCCCACAGAGGAGUGGCCUAAUCCACCCACGCUGCAAGAAGCUGGACUCAGCCACACGGAAGUCCUUUUUGUGCAAGACCUUACGGACGAUUGACAUUUAUCCAAAAUACAGAGAUGGAAAGAGAAAUUCCUAUUAUAAUACAAUAUUUUUUUUAAAGACUGCUGCAUACAAAUGAGGGAUCAGAGACUAUAUGGCCUGGCCAGCCACGUCAUGUGUCUGCACUGGCAGGAGAAGCUGCACACUCGCACACACUCAACCCCUUUUACAUUCAGAGGGCAGACAGGAAGAGCCACAAUUGGCGUCCCAAGAGAGGGUCAGAAAUGCAGCUUUUGGUAAAUGCUGCUUUUAUUGGAAAUAAUUUACGCCAUUAUUUUGACAUUAGAAAAUUUGACGUUCUGCUGCUUUUGACAGCUAAAGAACCAUACCUGUGAGCCAGGUUGAGAUCUGCCCCUGUUGGGGAGAGACAGAUAGGUUAUUUUCUUCCAGCUUCUCACUCUGUAAAAAUACUUUAAAUAUAUCUUUUGCUUUGUAAUGACCAAAGGAGAAUGGGUUAACAAUGAUUUUUUUUUUCUAAAUAAGGAGCUGUUGAUAUUCUUAACAACAGAGGUUUUUCUUCUCCAGGGUUGUUAGCUGCAUAGUGUAAUAAACUCUGCCUCUAGUGUGCCUGUGCUAACACCUGUCAGUGUCUUACUGCCUCUUCAAUACCUAGCCCAAAUGUACCGGUCUGAAAUAAUGGCUUGCCCCAACCUGUGCAGACAUACAAUCAUAGUAGAGCAUCAUUCUGGAUUUGACAUUGUUUUUGACUUCACUGCAGCCUGUUAUGCUUGCAUUCACUGCAUUCGAGAUGAGCCUUUUUCUGUACUAAUAUAGGAUGUUUCCAAUAUAAUCUCAUGAAUCUGCAGUAGUGACUGAAAAGAAAAGAGAAAUCAGCAUCGAAGUGUGGACUCUCAUAAUCUUUGCUGAGCCAGCUGCUCCUUGGAAUAAAUUCUGCAGCACACGAGCUGUGAGCUUUCGAGUCACCGUCAGAAGAACCGUAAGGCUUUCCUUCCCUCCCCACCCCCAAAUAACCUUUCUGAAAAGAUGGCGGGGGAAGGAGAAGAGACACUGAAACAGAUGGGCAUCGGCACUAUUCUGAUUGGCUAUAAAUAUAGAAACACCUCCUGUGUUUUGCUGUUGUUUUUUUUUCUUUUUCUUUAAUAUGUACAGUAAAGACCUUUGGUUAUUUGUAUCACACGGAAUAAGGGGUGGUUGUUGCUGUUUUCCCCUCUCUCUCCUUCCAAAAGCUGUGAGACAAGGGGAAAGGCUGGGGGAGAGGUGGGUCUGACACAAGGCACUGGCUUGACAUGGCAGGGGAGAGGGAGCGUGACGGAUCACGGGAAGACUGGGAAGGAGAAGCUGCUGGUGUCUGUGCAGUCUGAGAGGAUGGCAAGCGGCCUGCUCCUUGGUGUGUUUGUGUGCUCGGUCCAGGACCUGGCUUAGAUGUCCCACUGCAGCUAGUCUCCCCCUCUGAAGAGGGGGAGGGGAAGGAGGACAUUCUUUAUUUGAAGUUAUAACUCACUUCCCCCAAACGUAAGCGGGGUGAGUGGAGCAAGAGGAGAGAGACUCCUAAAAAGUAGCAUUGCUCUUCAUCUUGACAAAUGGAACACAAUUGAUUAUUCAAGAAAGAAAGCUGGGACCUGCCCAGAGCUUCUAAUUUGCUGAUAAAUCUGCAGGCCAGCUGCUUCUCUCAAAUAAAAGACUGCCAGUCUAUCCAUCCUGCCUUGUUGUGUCUUUGCAGGAACUAAAGGUUUGAGGAUCUUUAUUAUUAAGCACUAUUGUUGUUGUUUAUGGCAGAAGAGGCCAGAACGAAGUUUGCAAGCCUCCCUCUCCUCCUCCUUGCACCCUGAGGAUCGCCUUGCCUCACCUGGGUCAAAUCAACAACUUCUGGGGAAGAAGCUGCUCACCUCACCAGACACGGCUAUCAGCACCAGUGGCAAAAGGCCAGCUGGCCCCAGCCACAACCCAAAGAUUCUCUACUUUAGAGGUUUAGGUAGUCCUUGACUUUCAACCACAAUAGGACCAGAACUUCAAUCGCUAAGUGAUGUGGUCAUUAAGUGAGUUGCACCCAAUUUUACCGCACCCUUUUUGGUAGCAGUUAAGCAAAUC